AUGCAUGGCGCAGGAUUUAAACGUCACCCGGAAAUAUCCUACGCAUCUAAUACACCAGCAGGCUGCACUAUAUUGCGUCUUCUGAACCCAUCUGUAGGUUUUCCAAUAAGUGAUGGCAAAUAUCGGCCAAAGUGCAGCCUAACAAUUAAAGCUGCUUUCAUUACACUGUUGCGACCUUGCUUGGAGCAUGGUUUGCCAUGCCUCUUGCAUAGAAACUGUGCAACAGGGAGGUUGUGGUCACAAGAAAUUGCACGUACCCUAAAGCGCACUGAAAAUGUGCGCGGUGUGUUUGAGGGUCACUAUAUGUAUUUUGAGUAUAUGACCGUAACACACUGGCUUACGGUUCCGGUGAAAAGUAAAUUUUAUAACAAACCACUGAGAAGUGAAAUGGAUUCUGAUAGCAACUCACUGGUCCAAGAAAAAGUUGAAUCCGUUCUAAUAAACUGCCCAAUCCAACCUUUAACUUUGUUUCGACUAUGCGUCGAUGUCAAAUAUGCCAAUAUGGCAACUAAUGACAGUUCGAGGCAGAGUCAAAGUAUAACAAUUCAACAACAACAACAUCAGAUGAACUUAACUUUUGAGCGAUUGGAAAAUUUUAUAUCUUAA